AUGUUUCCCACGCGAGCUCUCUUCUCUCGCUCGGUCUGGAAGGGUGAUCUCCCUCUCCCCCGCAAACUCCCCGCUCCGCCAGGAACACCUCCGAUCAAGACGCAGAAGCGCGGCGCUACGAUUCUGCCUAAUUUCGUGGGAUUGAAGUUCCAGGUUCAUAAUGGGAAGAUUUAUCAGGAUGUUGUGAUUACGGAGGAGAUGGUCGGGAGGAAGUUGGGGGAGUUUGUUGCGACUCGGAAGAGAUUCACGUAUAAGCAGUCGAAGAACAAAUGA